CAAGUCAGCCAGUGCGGCCAGUGCACGGAGCGUGUGCGCGUCGCAAGGAACAGGAGGAACAGCCCAGAGGCCUGCGCGAGGCGAGGCGACGAGGAGAGGAAGCAGGCCCUGACUGACACCAAGGAUGUGGUCGUCAACCUGCGCAGCGGCGCUGCUGCUGCUGCUGGCGCUGGGCGCCCUCGGCCCUGCGGCCUCGGCGCCGACCUCCGCUCCGGUCGGAGGCCCGCAAGGCCCCCGUGCCGGCCCCAUGGACGUCUGGGUGGUCAGCCUGCCCCCGGCCUCGGCGCCCGCCGUGGACCCGACCCAGGUGGUGGAGGAGACGCGCCCGGUGGAGGCGGCCGUGCACUCCGCCGUGGAGGGCCUCAAGAGCGUGCUGCGCUCCAACGAGGAGGGCCCCCGCGGCUCGGCACCGCUCGCCGACCUGGCCGUCGUCCCGGCGGCCACCCUGGAGGCCGCCCUGGCCAGCGACAUCAACGAGCUGGCCGCCGGCCCCGCUUGGGACGCGCAGCAGGACGAGACUCCGCAGGCUCCGAGUCUACCCGAGGACCCCAAGGCCGUCAUGCAGCACGCCGUCCCCGAGGUCCUGGAGGCCAUGCCCAGCCCGGACACGACCACGCUGGUGGACGUCCCGGCCCCGCAGCAGGAAGUCCUGGUGGCGCUGGCCGCAGACAGGAAGGAUGCCGCCGCCGUCGUGAAAGACCCCAGCCCAGAACAACCGGGUGUCUUCCAGCCCGCUACCCCCGUCGAGGCCACUCCAGCCCAGUCAUUACCAAACUCCCAGCAGGAGGGCGAACCACAACAGGACGUCCCGGAGUCAGCGAUCGCGCAAGAGGACGUCCCGAAGCAGGAGGGAGGCUCGGCGCAGGAUUUGUCGCUCGCGAAUUCAGGAACGGUAAACGAAGAACAGGUUGUCGUGCCAAGCUCUAUCCAGUUGCCUCAGGAGGACGCCCCCGCUGUGACGCACGGCGGACUCGCCCUCGACAUUGUCCCGGCCGAGAACGCUGAGGACGCGCCAGUUGCAGCCCCGGGUCCGGUCAGUGCAGUGGAGGUCCCCGCCGCCCUCCCCGCACAAGACGUUCCUUCUGCAAUUCUACCGGACGACACCCCACUGUCACCCCCCGCAGAAGAUCUUACUGGGCCCCUUCCUCUACAGGGUGCACAAGACACCCCCACAGAAGAAGUCCGUGCAGAAGAAGUCCCGGCACAAGACGUCCCCACACAAAAUGCCCCUGCACAAGACGUCGCAGUAGAAGACGUUCAAGCGGCACUUCUACCCCAGUCUCCUUCGGUGGGUCUCGCAGAGCAGGACACCCCUGCUAUCGCACAGCCCUUGCCUGUGAUUGACGCAUUGCCCGCCACCGCCACCGUUGUCGAGGAGAACCCGGAGCAGCUGCAGGGCCAGCAGGACCCGCCGCCGGCUCAACCCGCGAUCGACGUCGCGGGCGCGGACACGUUGGCAGCCCCCGCGGCCGCCGCGUCACUGGCGCCCCUCCCGCCCCUCGCGGCCCCUUCCCAAGCCAACUCGGAUGUGGAACAGCAAGUUUCGGCCGGGGCCAUUGGGGCCAUCGGGGCCGCCCAGCACGGCCUGGAUCCCACCUCCAGCAGCGCGCCGCCCUCCGGAAGCGCCGACGUGUCCGAAGACGUGUCGACACAGGCCGCGGGGUCAGCAGCUCUCGCUGACCCGCUGGUCACCGAGUCCACCCUGCCCACCCUGCCCGCCGUGCCCGCCCUGCAGUCCGAGGGUGAAGUGGCAUCCCUCAACGUCCAGCUGUUACCCGCCGUUCCCGCUCUGCAGUCCGAGGAGGAAGUGGCCUCCCUCAACGCCCAGCUGUUGCCUGACGCACCCGAGGCUGUGGCGCCGACCGUCCACGAAGAGGACGCACCAGUUGCCGUCCAGGACUCCUCGUCGGCCAGCAUUGUCUCUUCUAUCUCGGACGCGAUCGCUGCCGUCAACAACGAGCUGGCCUCUGCCCCAGCCGUCGAAGUGUCAGGCCUCGCCGGUGAGGAUCAGGCAUAUGGCGAGCAGGCCGCGGUCCAGCAGGAGCUGCACGCGCAGGCUGCGCAGAUCAACCUCGGCCUGUCCGAGCAGACCGUCGACGAGGACGUCACCGCGCCGCCCCUGCCGCCCCCCGCGAGCGAUGCGCUGCUGCUCGUGGCCGGCGGGCCCACUCCGCCGCCUCGGGUGUCAGCGGAAGUCAUCCCCGAGGGGCGUCCGGUAGCGCCCGCCGAUCUGCCCCUUGAUAACAGCGCCCCCGUGACCGCGACUCAACUGGAGCCGCUCGGCUCGACUGACGACAGCGCUGCCGACCCAGCGGGACAGGUGCCGGCGGCCGCGGCUCAAACACUGCCAGUCUCUGAAGAAACCAUGUCCACGCUGACACCCGCAGACUUUGUUGUGUUGGGGGAUGAGAACGUUGUCGGACAGGUUGGGCAGGGAGAGUUGGGACAGGCAGAGUUAGAGAGCACCCAGCAUGGCGCGCAACAAGACAUAGCGCAGGAAGAACAGCAUGACGCCGCAGUCACUCAGGGGAGUGUGACCUUGGACGUGACUCAACUGACGCCCCUGCAGGACGCACCGCAGGGGGCACCACAGGGCGUGCUCCUGGGGUUAUCAGACGAAUCUUCGAAGGAGACGGAGACGUCUCAGGACUUGGUGCAGGAAGUAUCGCAGGACGUACCGCAAGGGGCAGUAAUAGACGUGCCACAGGAGACAUCACACGACGCACUGCAAGAAAUACCACAGGGCGCGUCACAGGACGCGCUGCAGGAGUCGACGCAGGCCAUACAGCAAGAGGCAACACAAUCUACCCCGCAAGAAUCAUCGCAGGACGCCCUGCAGGAGGCAACGCAGAACGCGUCCCAGGACGGGGACGUGCCGCAGACCGUGCCACAGGACGCGACGCAGGACGUGCCGCAAGACGUGCCGCAGGACGAGCCGCAGGACGCGCCGCAGGACGCGCUGCAGGACGCGCCGCAGGACGCACCGCAGGACGCACCGCUGGACCUGGCCGUGCCGCAGGACGUGCCUCAGGACGUUCCACAGGACGUGCCGCAGGACACGCCGCUGGAGACCACGCAGGCCGCACUGCAGGAAGCAACCCUUCAUGAUCUACCCCAACAAGAAACAGAGGGUGCAACGGAAGGCACCUCCCAAAGCACAGCCCAGGAAUUGUUGCAGGACGUACCCCUCGAGUCAUUGCAAAAUUCAGUCCAGGACCUGCCAGAAGUGACUGUUCAGGAUGAAAUUCAACAAGAGCCGCAAACCACGCCAUUGCCCGAGGGCGCAUCAGCCUCGAUUUCCGAGGAUGUACCGCAACUUGCCAUCCCUCAGGGAUUAAAUCAAAUCACGCUCCCGUCAGAAUCACUUCCUGAAGAUGCAGUGCAAACGGUGCCUCAAGAUGUCUCCCAAAUGGUUCUCCAAAAAAUCCCCCAAGAUGUAGACCAGGACGUCACCCAAAUAGUACCCCAAACGCCGCUUCAAAUUGUGCCCCAAGGCCAACCACAAGAAUUAUUCCAGGACGUGCCUCAAGGUGACCUCACUGAUUUGACCGAAAUUUCGACCUCUCCCCAGGACGAAGUGGAGGCCCAGAAGCACGGGGAUACGACGCCGUUGGACAUGGUGACGUCGACGCUGCCACCCGAUCCCAUCCAACCUGUCUACGACGUCGCACACGAUUUGGCCGAGGGCCAGGCCGGGCCAAUAGUCGUGGUAGAAAGUACCGAAGGGCUGGCCAACCAGGCCGCGGGCCAGGCCGGCACCCAGGCCGGCACCCAGGCCGCGCCCACCGAGCCAGCCCCAGCCGCCACGGAGGGCACGACGGCGGACCUAGGUGUGACCCAGCAGCCGGCGCAGUCCGAGACAGUCCAGCUGCCUGCAGCACUCCCCGUCCUGAACGCUGAAGAGGCCUCCGAGCUCAUCAACGCCAUCAACAACGAACUGCUGGCGGACGCGCCGACGACCACGCCCGAGGUGCCCGACUACGAGACCACUACGGCGUUCCGCGUCCCCACGGAGGCCCCGCAGGCCUCUGACGAUUUUGGGACGACCCCACAGCCAGAUGUCAUCAAAAUGCCCGGGGAGCCGUUCCUUAACCCGGAGGACCCAGAGAACCCCGAGGCCAAGCCGGAAACGGAAGAAGAAAUCAACGCAAUUUUAGAGGAAGUUGAGGCUGUGGACGAGGACAAGAGUGAAGAGCAGCAAGCAGCUGAAGAGCAAACGCAGCCGCCGAGCAUUGAGACGACCCUGCAGCCGACCAGCGUCCAAACCACUCUGCAGGAUAUGGGUACGACGGGACAACCCGAGCAGGCCGAAGAGCAGACCCAACAGUCAACCGUCAUUCAAGACGAGCAGCAAGGAGCUGAAGAGCAGUCCCAGGCUGGCAGCAGUGGAGAGCAGGCAAGCUCCGAGGAAGCUGCACCGAACACUGAAGAGCAGAGCACGGGCGAAGAGCAGGUCGUCCAGGGCAGUGGUGAAGAGCAGAACACCAGUUCAGAAGAAACGAACGAGAGCACUGAGCCUACGAGCGCUGCCCCACACGAGGACGUUGCUACGAGCCUAGCACCACCCGUGCCCGUGGAGGAGGAGGCCACGAGCGCGACUCCCGAAGAGGACGUUGCUACGAGCGCCACCCCCACUGAGGACGCUGGUACGAGCGCAGCAUCCAUUGAGGACGCCGCUACGAGUGCAGUGCCCUCUGAGGACGCUGGUACGAGUGCAGCACCUUCUGAGGACGCUGGUACGAGCGCAGCCCCCUUGGAGGACAUUGCCACGAGCGCCGCUGCCGUCGAAGACGCUUCCACGAGCACCGCCCCCGUCGACGAGGGCAACAAACCAAACCUUGACGUACAGCCCGCCGUCAGCCAGACUACAGCCAACGAGCAGGAUGGACAGACUCCUUGA